AUGGUUGCCUCCAAGACCAUUCUACCUGUGCUCUCUCUGGGGACCCUACUCGUCGGUCCCAAUGCAAAGUUCACCAGCAUCCAAUCCGCCGUGCUUUCUAUACCAAACAACACUGUACCUUACUAUAUCCUCGUUCUCCCCGGCAACUACACUGAACAAGUCAACGUCACCCGUCCAGGCCCUUUGACUCUACUCGCUCAGACCAAGUUCCCCAACGACAAUACCAAGAACACAGUCAAUGUGAUCUGGCACAACGCUACAGGAACUGCCAGCACAGGAAGCUACGACAAUGCAUAUACAUCUACACUCACGGUAGCGCCGACUUUCAACAGUAGUCUUACUGGCAGUGGGCCAACUGGCAACCAUGUACCUGACGGCACACCAUUUGGCAACACAGACUUCAGAGCUUACAACCUCAACUUCAUCAAUGAUUACUUGCCAUACUCUGCUGGACCUAGUUUGGCUCUGAGUGUCAGCUAUGCAAACGCCGGCUUCUACUACUGUGGCUUUUACAGCUACCAAGAUACUGUAAGCUCUAUUCCUACCGGCCAAACCGACUUCCUCUACGGCUUCGGCACUUUGUGGAUCCAAUCUUCCCUCCUCAGUCUCCGCAACUGCGGUGGUGGUAUCACAGCCUGGAAAGGCACAAACACGACUUUUGUCAACCACUACGGCGCCUACAUUCACGAUUCUUCUGUACGUGCUGCAAACAGCUCUCUCGAUAUUGUGGGCAAGUGCGCUCUAGGAAGACCUUGGAACGCUGGCCACAGAAGCAUUUUCGCGGAUACGUACUUGGAUGACUCGAUUGUGCCUGGAGGUUACAUCAAGUGGAGUGCAACCGAUCCGAGGAUAUCGGCGAACACGACAAUGGCCGAGUACAAGGACUUUGGGCCUGGGUGGAAUGCUACCGGUAGAGCAGUGGCUAACGUCACGAUUGUUAUGACGGACGAGCAGUAUGCUCCUUACAGCACGUUGGAGAAGGUGUUCCAGUUCCCCUUCACGGGCAAAUUUGGGAACACCAAGUGGAUUGAUAGAAAGUCGCAGGUGCACGGGAACUGA